GGCACAGACAGAAGCUUGAUGACUCUAAACCUAGUUUGUUCUCUGACCGCCUCAGUGAUUUAGGGCGCAUUCCUCAUCCCAGUAUGAGAGUAGGUGUCCCGCCUCAGAACCCACGGCCCUCCCUGAACUCUGCACCAAGUCCUUUUAAUCCACAAGGACAGAGUCAGAUUACAGACCCCAGGCAGGCACAGUCUUCCCCGCCGUGGUCCUAUGACCAGUCUUACCCCUCUUACCUGAGCCAGAUGACGUCCCCGUCCAUUCACUCCACCACCCCGCUGUCUUCCACACGGGGCACUGGGCUUCCUGCCAUCACCGACGUGCCCAGGCGUAUUUCAGAUGAAGACCCCGCCACCUCUGACUUCUGCCUCUGGCCUUCCGCUCUCAGUAAGAAGAGCCAGGCAGGUGCUUCAGAACUGGGCCCUUUUUCAGACCCCAGGCAGUUCCCCAGCAUUUCAUCUCUCACUGAGAGCCGCUUCUCCAACCCACGAAUGCACUAUCCAGCCACGUUUACUUACACCCCGCCAGUCACCUCAGGCAUGUCCCUCGGUAUGUCCGCCACCACUCACUACCAUACCUACCUGCCACCACCCUACCCGGGCUCCUCCCAAAGCCAGAGCGGACCCUUCCAGAGCAGCAGCACUCCAUACCUCUACUAUGGUACAUCGUCAGGAUCCUAUCAGUUCCCCGUGGUGCCGGGGGGAGACCGGUCUCCUUCCAGAAUGCUUUCGCCCGGUACCAGCACCUCGAAUGGCAGCGCGCUUUUAAAUCCAAAUUUGCCUCACCAGAAUGAUGGUGUUGACGCUGAUGGGAGCCACAGCAGUUCCCCAACCGUUUUGAGCUCUAGUGGCAGAAUGGAUGAAUCCGUUUGGCGGCCGUAUUGAGAUGCCUCAGCGGUGGUCCAGUGGCAUCUGCCGACCACACCCCACAGGUGUCAAUGCAUACAUAGACAAGGAGAGUGCAUAUAUAUGUGUAUCAACUAGCUAUCUACCAAGUGCCUAUUGUCUCGAAGACUUUCCACCCACCCACUAGUCAGGGUCUUGCAGCGGUAAGAGAGUAGACGUUGAGAAGCAGAGGGCCCAAGAGAGACACUCGCGGUCAGGUUUCAGAUUGUUUACUAUUUAAAAAUGUACUUUUACGAAGGCACAAACAAGGGGAAAGGUAUUGUUGUUGUUUGGUCUGUGACCCUACGUCACCUGUUCCCAUGCCAAUUCAGAGAGGUGGACUCCAGGCUCAGGAGGGAGAAGAGCAAAGCCGCUUCCUCUCUGUGCUUUGAAACCACCACCUCGUGGUUGCAGCUGUACGUGGGCUGAUGCACUCGGCAGGCCGGCUUACGAAGCUGGUCGAGGUACAUGCACAGGGACCACAGGCAGAAUGGAUGCUGCCCUUCCAGUACCAUCCAUUCUGGGUAACCGUUCCAAAGUUUGCUUUCAGACUUGCUGCAGGUACUCCCAUUUGAACUGUUUAGUUCGGUUUCAUUUUUCCUACUCUAAGAAAGUGACUUCAAAAAUAAUGAUCAGGAUAGAUUAUUUUAUUUUACUUUUUUUAUAUUUCCCCCUUUUUCCCAUCUAGCCAAAAAGAAAUCCCACUCCUACUCCAUCCCCUUUUCCUUUUAUAAGCAAAACUGAAAAUGGCAAUACCUUAUUAUAGCCAUAAUGGUAUAGAUAGUGUUUGAGUUUGGCUGUGUGUUAUUUGUUUUCUUUUUUUUUUAAAUUAUGAAUAUGUGUAAAAUCUGAGGUAACUUGCUAACGUGAAUGGUCAUAUAACUUUAAAGAUAUAUUUAUAAUUAUUUAAUGACAUUUGGACCUUUGAAACAUUUCUUAGUGUAUUGAUAUGUUGACUUCGGUCUCUAAAAGUGCUCUUUAUUAAAUAACAAAUUUCUUCAGUGGGCUAGAGCCAUAUCUGAAAUAUUGCUAAGCAAUUUCAGUUCAUCCAGGCACAAUGUGAUUUUUAAAAAUACUUCCAUCUCCAAAUAUUUUAGAUUUUAGUUUGUUUCUGUGAUGUAUGAAGGAAAUGUUAUGUUUAGUUCUUUCAGAUCUUUGAUCGCCUCUAACACAGCUUUGCCUUUUUAAAGCAAUAAUUAGGGAUUUUUAAAAACUACCCUUAGCCCUUGUGUCACUUAUGUUGUCCUUUAUCAGCAUCAAAUGCUGGAGUGAUGUGGUUUCAUAAUUUCUUUCAGAUAAUUAUGACUCUUGUCAUAUUAAAAAGACAAGCACAAAUGAAUCACUGAACUGCAGAAAAAGGUUCUGUGGUUUCAUAGUUAAGCAAAACUCUAAAUCGGCAGACUUCAUAGUGAAGAGCAGUUGGUAAUGGCCACACAUGUGAAUGGAGGGUCCAUCAUGACACACAUCGUGCAGGGAAGCCCACUUACACCAUGGACUCCGAAUCAACCAGCCUUACCAAACAGUACUUCAGGAGAACCAAAUGUGCCUUACUCAUGACCCCACCUGGUAGUUUUCUGCAAAGCUUGCAUUUUAAGGAGCAGAAUGAAGUCAUUGUCCUAGGCCAGCUGGUCAUCUGAAGUAGCAGCUAAGUUCCAGCAGGCAGCCGAUGGGAAAGGACCUGGAGCCUGUGGGGACCUACAUACAGCCAAGGGAGGGCCCAGGGUAGACAGGAGUAGGUGGCCUUUGGUGUCUACCACUAGGUAUGGAUUGAGUUGGAGCCCUCCUGUAGGUUGCACUUGGGACAUUCCUGGUGGCAUGUGACCAAUUCCUGAGGGUGAAUCCUUAAUCCAAGUCAGAAUCAUUUAAUGACACCACCAGGCAAAUCAUUGCCUUCCUCCCCACCAUGUUUGAAUCCUGUACCCUCCUAAGCAGGACUCUGCAGAGAUUUGCCUCCAGCCCCCAGACACCAUCUUGCUCUCUGGUCCUUCUCAUGCCCACCUUUGUAGGCCACCAAGCAAGGCAGGAUAGCUGUGGGGCAGGUGGAACUCUGUGUGCCCCUCCACCCUGGGAGUCUCCCUUAGAAGUCAUCCUGACUCCUGAUAUAAAUUGAGGGGAAACAAAACACUUUGCCUUCUAAAGGUUGUGUACCAAGUAUGCUUAGAUGAAACAAGCCACUUUGCUAUUAAGGAAGAUGGAAGCAGUAGUUGUUACUAUUUAUUGUCUGUGUGUGGUAGCUUGAAGCACACCACUGUCCAUUUAUUUGUAAGUGUAAGAUAUGUGUUUGUUUCAGCAGCACUUAAAAAAGCCAGUGUCUGGUUACACAUCUCAGUUUAAUUAAUUGACAUAAAAAUGUUACCAUCAGUGCCAGCUGCACCCUAUUUAAUAAUAAAAAGGUACUAUAUUUGUACAUUAUUUUUUAAUAUUAAAAGGGCUUUUUUUAAGUUUACAGUACACAUAUUAAGUGACUAUAGGGAUGUUUUAGUGUUGAAGUGUUGUUAUAGUGGCUGCAGGCAGCAACCCAGAAACACUUUAAAAAAGUUUUUUUCCUUGGGAAAAAUUCAAGCACUUCUCUCCACCCUCACUCCAACCACCCCUAUAGAGUAAUUCAUGUUGUUUAGAACGAAUUCUGUUUGCUGUUUUUUAACUUUUUGGCCUAGGGGAAUUCAUUUCUUCUUCUUCUUCUUUCUUCUUUCU